AUGGCUGCAGCUGUUCCAUCUUCAUCAGAUUUAACUGAAGCAAAACCUCCAGCUAUUUCAUUUAUAAAUUCACAUAAAGGAAAGCCUUUGCUAAUAGCAGACGAAUAUGUUUUCAAAUUGAAUAAAACAACAACUACUACCAAAUAUUGGAUAUGUACACUUAAUGGUUGUUCAGCUAAAAUACAUACAGAUACAAAUAGUAAAUUGAUUAAAACGAUUGGAGAAGAGAAUCGUUUUCAUCAUAUGCGUAUUCAAUUUAGUGCAGGCUUAGGACCAAGACCAAAGCAAGCAAAAACAAUUGCUAUUCAACGCCGUAUCGAUAAUCUUGGGGAACGAUAUUAUGACUGUGCUAUAAAUGCUAUGGAAUACUUAGAUGGAUUAUCAUUAAUAGUUGCUAAACGAAAAAAAAUGACACAUUAUCAAUUUUUUUUUCUCGUUACUUAUAUUGUCUCUCUUCUAGAAUGUUAG